GGCAUUUGCAACUGUAACAACCGAGUGUGAUGAUGUCGGAUUAUCAGCGUCUCCGUGAUGGACAUGGCUCGAAAUCGCCAGAAUACCGUCCCGAAGUGUGGCGGCUAGAAGAGAGAUGGCUACGAGAGAAUAAUAUGAACAAAUUGAGCAAAGAAGUUGAACCCGACUCGGGAGUUUGCGUCGAAUCGACAAGUGCCACACUACAGAGCGUAGAGCACAACCCGACGCCAACCGUGACGUCUAUCGAGUUCAAAGAACAAGAACACAGCGACAACUCGAGAUUUCUGCGUUUGUCUCAACGUCAGCGCGAGAUCUCGAUGCGCACUGAGUCGGGAUUCGUCACAAUGGACGAGAUAGCGGAAGGCAAGGACAUAGAAAUGGAGGAAGCGCCACAACCCAACGAACCCACUGACGACACCGACGAGUGCGGCGAUUUAGUCUCCGACGUCGAACUUCCACCUCCAACGGUACGGAGUCCCGAAAUCGACGACGACGAUUCUCCGACGCCGGGACAGUCUGUGUAUCAUUAUUACGCCGUUUCCGACGAUCACAGAUACUUGUUGGCGUUCAUGAGGCCCUUCAUUGCCACUCAGGAUGAAGAAGGCGACACGUCCCUUCAUUGUGCAGUCAUACACAACCGGUUGCCGGCGCUUUACAAGAUAUUGGACGUUCUAGGAGACAAGAGCUGGUACUGUGUCAAUGUGCAGAACAAGUUAGGCCAGACUGUGCUACAUUUAUCGACGGUUCUUAAACAGUAUGGUGCUAUGCGGAGAUUUAUGGAAGCCGAAGCACAACUGGACAUUCAAGACUGGCAGGGCAAUACACCCCUGCACAUAGCAUGUCGACAGGGUGACCUGAGAGCAAUGAAGGAACUGCUAAGUAGCGUGAAGACGGCAGAAGGAGAGGUAAUGACCUAUGAGCCGGAGGACUUGAACAAGCGAAACUUUGCUGGUCUGACACCAAUGCAUCUUGCAACUCUUGCAAAGUCGACCGACUGUAUUAGAUAUCUCAAAGCACUAGGAGCAGACAUUAAUGUAGAAGAUAGCAGACGAUCUAGCACGCCACUUCACUACGCCAUUGAGAUGCAGAAUCUCGGACUAGUGACACACCUGGUCUUUGAGUGCAGGGCUGACGUUAACGCUGUGACAUCCGAUGGCUGCACACCUGUACAUUUGGCAUGUGGGUAUGGUCUUGAUGCAAUCGUUGCCUUACUUGUGGCAGCAGGUGCCGACGUGACAGUCCCAAAUGAUGAGGGCCACACCCCCGAAGAGAUAGCAACUACAACGAUUAGUAGAACGUUGUGCAUUCCGGUGGAAAGGAAAUUGAUCGAAAGUGUCUUAGCUUGUCCAGACAUUGUGAACGGUUUCUCAUCGAUGGACAUUAAUGAUGAGACCUCAUACGACUCUUUUGCUCUUGAUGAGUAACUCGAUGAUUUUACACACUAUUUGCCUGUAACAGUUGCCAUCUUCCCCAGACAAGUAGUUUAGUUGCUUAAUUUACAUAGAACUCUACUAUAAGAUGUUUGUAGUUAAAAGAUAAAACACAAGAGAUUUCUUGAUUUGUCCACGAA